AUGGACCUUCAUGGACUGAAUGGUAACGACGGUACUGGCGCGCCAGCCACUGUUGUAGAUGGACAAACACCCGCUCUCGACCCUUCAGUAGUCAGUGAAGUCGUUGAUGCUGUGGUUUUUGCUAAGGAAAAUGAGAAAAACAAGACGGAAAACGAGAUAACAAGAGCCACCGAUCCGUUGCUGGAUGACGUGUCUACGCCGUUACUGGCGACUAAAGAUGACAAUUCAGUGGGUACAAAUGAUUCAGAGGACAAGGAACAACCGAUUGAUGAAGCGACGCUUGAGACGACGUCUGAGGCGUCGAAUUUAGUCGGUGUAGAGACGAAUGACGCUGGAUUAAUGGCAGCCAAUGAGGAGAAGAGUGAUGAUCAUGGGAGUGAUGAUCAUGGGAGUGAUGAUCGUGGGAGUGAUGAUCAUGGGAGUGAUGAUCAUGGGAGUGAUGGUCAUGGGAGUGAUGGUCAUGGGAGUGAUGGUCAUGGGAGUGAUGGUCAUGGGAGUGAUGGUCAUGGGAGUAAUGGUCAUGGGACUGAUGGUCAUGGGAGUGAUGAUCUGGGAGUGAUGGUCAUGGGAGUGAUGGUCAUGGGAGUGAUGACUAUGAAAAGAAGAACGAUCGAGCUAGUGGAAAAUAUGGAAAAGUAA